UCCGGGGAAUGGCGCCGCGUCCUUCGCCCAGGAAAACGUGCGGGACACAGCCCCGGCAAGGCUUUUACAUUUUACAGCACCUGCGGUCUGCCCGGGCCUGCCACCUGCAAUUUUCGAGGAAUUUCACCAAAUUAGUUUCACCUGGACUUAAUAUUUUAAAAAGCUUCCAACAGGACAUGAUGAUGAAGCAGUUCAUGGCCAUGUUAACGAAGAAUGAAAAUGAGCAUCCCCCACCCACCAAACUGCUGGAUCUAGCAGGACAGCUUUGCCAGGAGCUCCAGAGCUCUUCUCCUAGUCUGGAGAAGCUGGUUGAAGCCAUGAUGAAAUGCAAGAACAACAGAGAUUUUCUUACUAACAUCCAUGUUGUCCGAGCUUGUGUGUCCGUUCACAUCCAUAAAGGGCAACAUGAUGCAGCCUGCAGACUCCUGGAGCAUUGCAAGGCACAAGAGAAGGAAGAACUGGUGCAGCUUUGGCAUGAGGUUCACUACCAGAGGGUUAUGGAGAAGCAGCAGACAGAUGUUCUGACACCACUGCAGAAAUUCCGUUGCAGGAAGAGGAAUCCUCCACCUCUUUCCCUUUGUCCUGAUGGUUUGAAGAAUCGAAAUUAUUCAGAAGAAGUACGCCAGCACCUGUUCAGGUUUGCUGCAGAGGUGACAGCAAAUCCAGACAAGAAACAGAAGGAGGAACUGGCUCGGGCCGUGAACCUGCGGCCAACCCAGGUCUGUAACUGGUUUGCAAAUUAUCGACGCCGCCAGAAAUCCCGCCUUGUUCGCGUGGAAGAGCUCAACAAUUCCUGUCCUGAGAGGGCUUUGGCUUCCCACAGAAGUGAGCCACAGGAUAAAGGAUCCAACACUCCACAAACUGCAGGUGGAUCUCAUGUGGACAUCAGCCCUGGGCAAACAGAGAUAACCCACAUGCCCUGUGAGCCAGGACAGGAGCAGUCAGCUGCAGCUCUGUAUAAGCCUCCUGAAGGGACAUAUUUAAAGAUGCUGGAAUCCAGCUGUGUGCAGAGCCCUGAGCUGUAUGAAGCUGGAACAAGCAUGGCUUUGUUCACCACUCACAGCUCUGAACAACCUGUACCUUUUGGCACUGAGGCUGUGAGGGAAGCAGGAACCUGCUUUGGCUCUCCUGUGCUGCUGCCUGGAGAAGCAGUGAGCAGAGCUGCUGGCAGCCCCUGCCAGGGGAGCUUUGUCCUGCGCUCCUCCCAGUCCUUUCCCUCUGUGAAUUAUUGCCUGCCCAUGUGGUGGCCCCCUUACAGCACUGGAGGAGGCUCUGGCUCCGUGUGGACCCCAGGUGUAGAAGUUCCUCUCAGACUGUGUUUGGCAGCAUUCAGUGCCCACCUGUUUCUGCACCCUGUGUGGAAGAAAGCCAAGCCCUGGGACAAAGCCAGGUCCCGGAGGAUCCUGUUGUUGACUCACUAACCAACGACAUGUUCCAGGCAGCAUGCCUGCUCUGUGAGUUUUCGGAGAGUGCAUGGAUGUGAGCUGCCUGCAGAUACUCCAUGGGUCUGCAGUUCCCCAGGAAACACUCCAUUGUUUCCUUUUUUCCCCUUUUUUUUAAUAGAAGAGGGGUCUGACAGGGAGAGGAAUAGAGUGAGGGAGAAAGAUGGAGGUGUGUUCAAUGGUUACAAAGUUUGGUUUAGUUACAGUUCUAUUAAGAAUUUUGCAAAGCAUAGAAGAAAGCAAAGGUGCACUGUGGACUGUAGGUUUUUCCUGGAGUUGUCUGAAGCUGCACUGUAAAUGUCAAAAUUAUCAAGGCACUGGUUCUGUGGCAGUAACAUAGAUCUAAUCAUAGCACUGGCCAGAUCCGAGUUGCAUCAUGAAGGUAAAUGAAGCUCCUGUGCUCAAAGGAGUAAAAUUUGGUCACAUUGCCUUGCAGUGGAUAUUGGAUAACCUUUUAUCAGGCUUGGAAAAUAAGGUCUCAGUAAGUGCUGGUAAAAUAUUGCUAUUUCUUAUCAGUGCCUUCCUGUUUUACAGCAGGGUGUAACUUCUGGAGUGUUCCAUACUCCGUGGUGUCACAGGUGACACAAACUGGAGGCCAGCAGAAUUUUCAGUGCUAGGGCAUGCCAUUGAAUUGAGGUUUAAUACAAGAAGUACCCUUCAUGCAGGUUUAAAAAUAACCCUGCAAGUUAUAGGGGGGGGGUUUGGGUAUUUUCAUAAAGUGUUACUGUUUUUUGAAAAACUUGUAUUGCAAAAUGUAUCCCCAUUGCCAGACCUCCAGCCCAGAGACACAGGCGGAAGAUGGCUCCCUUACCUUUUGUUCCAAAGUUUUCAAGUAAAGGUUUUCACUUACUGUUUCUCCAGAGUUCAUUUCUUUCAAGGUAAGGAUGUGAAGUGAUAACUUUCACAUGUCAAUUAGGUAUUAAAGGGCAGGACCAGCUGUCCUGGGAACACUUGCGGGUGCUGAGAGCCUGAAACCUCCAUUAUUUUGGUGGCUCUCACCAGAAAUAACCACUUUUGUUUGUGUUGGGAACAGCGGUGCUUGCAAAGGUCACACACGUUAUCGUUUAUUGCCGGCAACAGCGGGGCCGUGAGUGAACCGGGCAU